UGACGUCAGACGCGGAGCUGCGGUCACGUGAUCCCUUCACCUGUGCCCAACCUGUUUAUCUUGCUCAUCGGUCUCGGGGCAGAAACCUGAGUCGUUCGCUCAGCAAGUUUGACGUUUUACUGGUUUUCUCAGAGUAAACGCUACAGGCCACCGCACCGCCCUGCCUCCGUGUGAGUGUAUCUGCGUUAAUUCAAGGGGUUUGAAUCCAGGGGCUCGAUUCACCGACUCUUUGGACUUCGACCUGCGCCAGGCGCCUUUCUCAAACAAGGAAGUCCAGCGUCCCGAAGCCCCGUGGUGGAUGAAGUCGUCGGUGAAUGGCGGCUGUUGACAACGGUCGGUUCCUCUGAAAGCAGAUCUGUCCUCCACCGUUGGUCCUGUAGCGUCGUGACACCAGCCCUGCUUCUGUUUGCGGCCAGUUGGACCAAGCCGCCCCCAGCCUCCUCAGGACAAGAUGAACUCCUCCAUGGCAGACGUGGAUCCCUCGGCAGGGAACGGCUCAAUCGACCACCUGCUGGAGAAGUCGGCCGCCUCCAACGAGACCAUCAUCCAAACCAGCAACGGCUCCAUCAUAAUGGACCAGAUGUUCCUGAGCACGGUGGCCGCCCAGGUCCUGACGGGGAUCUUCGUGUGGUCCGCCUUGAUCAUCACGUUCCACCAGAUCUUUACGCACCUUCGAUCCUACACGGUCCCCAACGAGCAGCGCUACAUCAUCCGCAUCCUGUUAAUUGUGCCAGUUUAUUCCUUUGAUUCUUGGCUCAGUCUGCUCUUCAUCAGCAACAACCAGUACUAUGUGUACUUCGAUUCCAUUCGUGACUGUUAUGAAGCAUUUGUCAUUUACAGCUUCCUGAGCCUGUCCUUUGAGUAUCUGGGAGGAGAGAGCGCAAUCAUGUCCGAGAUCCGAGGGAAGCCCAUAGAGUCAAGUUGUCUGUACGGUACCUGCUGCCUCGGUGGUAUGAGCUACUCCAUCGGCUUUUUAAGAUUCUGCAAACAGACUGAUUCUGACGCCCUCCUUCAUCCUCCAUCCUCCUCUGUCAUGGUGUCCGUGCUUGCUUGGGUGUCUCAUUCUGAAUUGCAAUGUGUUCUCCAGGCGACGCUCCAGUUCUGCGUUGUCAAGCCCAUCAUGGCCGUCAUCAUCAUCGUCCUGCAGGCCUUUGGCAAAUAUCACGAUGGAGAUUUUAGCGUGACUGGAGGAUACCUGUAUAUCACAAUCAUCUACAACAUCUCGGUCAGCCUGUCACUCUACGCCCUGUUCCUCUUCUUCUUCGCAACAAGCGACCUGCUCAGGCCUUUCGAGCCGGUGCUCAAAUUCCUCACAAUUAAAUCCGUCAUCUUCUUAUCCUUCUGGCAAGGAAUGGUCCUCGCCAUCCUGGAGCGCUGUGACGUCAUCCCUAACGCGCUCUACAUCGACGGAGAAGAGGUCGGCGCCGGUACGGUGGCAGCAGGCUGGCAGAACUUCAUCAUCUGCAUCGAAAUGUUCUUCGCCGCCAUUGCUCUCCGAUACGCCUUCACCUGCACCGUGUACCAGGAGAAAAAGAGUGAAGUGCCAGACAACAUCCCCCAGAUGACGAGCAUCUCCAGUGGCCUGAAGGACACCACAAACCCCGGAGACAUGGUGCAGGAUGCCAUCCACAACUUCUCGCCGGCCUACCAGCAGUACACCCAGCAGUCCACGCAGGAGGUGGUCCAGCCCAGCGCCAACGGAAAAGUGGUCACGGGCAACAUGAGCUCCUGCAAGUCCGACAAAAUCAUGCUGAUUGCCUCCGAUGAUGAAUUCUAGGCAUUUUUCCAGCAAGAUCCAGUUGUUUGUGUCCCCCCCCCACAUAUAUCUCUGUCCCCCUGGGGAAACAGCUGUAUCACAUAUUGCACUGAGCUGGAUUGAACCCAGGUGUAUACUAUUCAUUUCCCCAGUAUUUAAGAUGGACCUCUUACUUCUGUCGUGUUUCAAUGACUAUUUUAAGCACCGAGAGGAGGAUGAGAAUCGCUAAAUGUUUUUUUAAAUUAGCUCAAUGACCAGAAAACUGAUUCCUGUCACCACCUCUGCAAUAUUAAUCACAGGAAAACCACACGACACCUUCACCGUGUCAGCAAAGUCUGGAUCUGUACGUUUUCUUUAAAUCGAGCUGCUGCAGUGGCGGCGGUGUCCUGAUCCUCUUUCUGUCAUCGGGUCAGCACUUGCCGUCGCCCUCUGGCCGUCUGAAGCACGUCCCCUCUGAUUCACGUCCGUCUGAAAGAGGAGGUGAUUUAAUACUGCGUCACUGCAUGUGGGACGCAGGGAAGCCAGCGACGCUUCACGGACUCUCUCACAUCUGUUUGUUUCAAGUAUUUGCUAAGCAUUCCCUCCGCCUGGUUUCCCGACAAACGGAGGGAAUCGAUUCAAACACACAUUUGCUCCGGAGCAGGCUUCUCCGAACCGCAGACUGCCGAUGUGGACUAAUUGGAUAAACCUGUCUCCUACAAAGUGGGAGUUGUAUUAUUCUCAUUAAUUUUCGCAGCAUGCUAAAGAGCAUAAAUCAGUGCAUCCAGACAGCCGCUCAACAGACGGAAACAACUGGUCUUUUUGCAGCUUCUACUCUGUUCUAAAACAAGAACCUUUUUGAGUUUGAUACGUUCACACAACUACACAUGCUAUCAUUCAGUCUUUCAGGGUUUUAUGAAAUAUGUACAGAAUUUGAUUGUUCUAAAUCUUGCUGUUUUAUUUGUGUAAAAAUGUAUUUAAUGUGUGCAGUUCAGGCACAGUCGGAUUGAACUAAAAUCUGCAUGGGGGGAUGCAGAAGAAACUAGAAUCUGUGCUUUCUGCGAAUUGUGGAAGUUUCUUCCAUUUCUUUAGUAGAAAUCUCACAUGGGAGAUAUUCUUACACUGUAGCUUCCUAAGUGCAUUAGUUAGGACUGGAUUUGAAUACCGAUUCUAAGUUUGUUGAAUUUUGAUACUCUCUUGUGCCAAUGAUGGCUGUCUUUCUUGGGAAAGCAGAAAUUGAUUUACAGUUUAAAAAGAAAUUGCUGUGACUGUCUGUUUUGGCAUUUGCUAAAUAAAUUAUUUUUUCUUGUGUAACUCGGACAUGUUGGUUUGAGUAAUCGUGCACUUUUCGAUGAGGAAAGAAGCUUUAUUUGAAGGUAGAAAAACAGACACAGCAGAUCUAUUUAGAGGAAUAAGUUACCAUACUUAAAAUCAGAGCAGAAACAAAUACAGAUUUUAUUUGUACAUGAGGGUAGUUCAUUGAGAAAACAUGUAAAUAAAUGAAUGUAAAAUAACAAAUAAUUUAGGUGUUUUUUUUGUCUCAAUUACACAAAUUCAUGAAAUAAAUAUGAAAAAAUAUAGGAGCAGAAUAAUGACAAGUUGUGAAGGGUACAUACUCGCAGACAUGCUGCCUUGUUACCAUCCUUCUUUACAGUCACUCAUUGAGCCUCAGUGUGUUGCAAUGAGACCAAAACAAAAAUAAUCUUUUAGGUACAAACUUGACAUAGAAACUGCUGCUGUUGAAUUAACAUUCGAUGAAUUUCAUCCAUUACAUCACCCACAACCAUGUAAUCCAUACACAAACCCCAUUCCUACUACCAUGGAGCUCUCUUUUUCUCUGACUGAAUUUAUAGGCACAUAUAAAUCUCUUGAAUCUACAGUAUUAAAUCUUGACCUUCUACACGGCUGAAGUCAAACACUGUAGCUUGUAGGGCUGGCAAAGCUUGUGUGUGAAAGCUUAUUCACUCAAAGACACUAGUUUUCAGGACGAAAUUGUAAACCCAUCAUCUUGAACACCUACGUAUGGUCAAGAUGAGCCACCUCGUUUUUGUACAUACAAUUGCAUUAUCAUGGUUCAUAUAUAUAUAUAUAUAUA